GACUGGGGUCCCCUCAGGUGUUUGGCUCCAGUCAUGGCCGGGAACUCAGAGAAAGUACCGAUCGCCUCGGCGGGACCAGAGGACCUGCAGCACUUCAUGCCCCCGGCCUACUCCGCCAUGGCGGUGAAGCCCGCCGCCACCGGCCGCCUCCUGAAGGCCGGGAUCGCGGUGCUCAUCGCCGGUGCUCUCCUAUUGCUACUCGGGGCAGUCGGAGCUUUCUACUUCUGGAACAACAAUGAAAAACACGUCUACAAUGUCCACUACAGCAUGAGCAUCAAUGGCAAAGUGGAGGAGGGUACGAUGGAGAUCGACUCGGCCAAUAACAUGGAGCGAUUCAGCACCGGCAGCGGGGCGGACGAGGCCGUGGAGGUCCAUGACUUUGACAUUGGGAUCACAGGGAUCCGGUUUUCAGGGGGCGAGAAGUGCUACAUCAAGACCCAAGUGAAGGCCCGCCUGCCUGACGUGGAGGCUCUCAACAAGGACUCGAUGACAUUCGACCUGGAGGACGAGGUGAUGCCGGCCAAGUUUGAGGACGAUCUGAUCUGGGUGGCGGCUGACGCUCCCCUCUCGGACUCCGGCUUCCUCAGCAACAAGAUAAAGGACUUGUGCGGAGACCUGCCAAUCUUCUGGCUCCGUCCCACCUACUCAACCAGCGGACAGAGGGAGAGGAGGGCCGCCCCCCGCCAGCGGCGCCAGGCAGCCGGGGAGGAGGAAGAAGAGGACGUGGAGGCAGAUUUCAACCCGGAGAACCCUUAUCAGAGAGGUCUUGAGGGCGAGCAGGGCGCCAUGAACAUCGACCCCAUGCUGGACCACCAGGGCGUGUGCUGCAACGAGUGCCGUCGCGGCUACACCCACUGCCAGAGGAUCUGCGAGCCGCUGGGAGGGUACAGCCCGUGGCCGUACCACUACCGGGGCUGCAGGGUGGUCUGUCGGGUCAUCAUGCCCUGCAACUGGUGGGUGGCGCGCAUUUUGGGUCUGGUGUAAACAACCCCCCCCACCUGGGACAUGGUGGGAGUCCAAAGCUGGGGAAGAAACUUGGGAGGGAUUGGGUUCCAAGGGAGGGGGAGGGGGGGGGGGGGCUUCUUAUUGUCACCUACGUUGUAGUUACAUGUCGGUCUGAGCAAAUGAAAUGAACAGCGUCAGUAACUGUGCCCACACAUUAGAAAUGCACGGUGCAGAAUCUAGGACAGACAUGUAGAAGCACACUGCACAGCUCGUCUUAUUACAAGAGGAUUCAGAGCCGCACAACAUGCUGUCAAGAGAACAGAGGUUCUGGUAUAAAACACCCAACUGACCCGUUUUCACUUAAAUGCAUUGAUCUAUUGACACCUGCAUGGAUUUCACAUUAUGUAUAACGCCAACCAUUUACCCGUAGGAAAAGCGUAUGUAAUUUGUAGAGCUUGUAAUUGUUCCUUUCACUCUCUGAUGUAAAUAAAUGUAUAGGGCGCAGUGUAUUUCAAUAGCAGUCGGCUGGCUUAAGUAGAACCCAUUGUUUGUGUCACGAGGAAUAUUCUGGACUCUCAUUCAAACAACGUACUGUACGCGCUCCCGCAAACUCACAUCUGCCUUGAAGAAGCUCAUCUCAAAGUGCAAUAUCAGUGAAUAAACUUAUUUUUUAAGUAAA